AUAACCUGUAAAAUAGUCUAGUUAAAUAUUAAAAUCACCUGCAUGAUUUAUUUAUUUCAGCAUGAAUAAGUAUAUUAACUGAACUAAAUGCAUUUAUUACGGUGUGCAAUUUGUUAAAAUAUAUUUCAAUUUGAGUUUAUCACAGUUUAUCGUAAGCAAUGAGUACCAAAAAAUUAAUGUUUGGGUUAGAAGACAUAGUAGCGGUAACGUCACACAAAGAAGGUUUAGAAGCUCUUAUAAAGCAGCCAAAUUUGUUAUUUGUCAUAGCAAAAUUACUUAAAGAUAAGCAGAAUAAGAAGCACAAUCUAGUUAUUUUAAUAUUAAUAAAUGUAUCAGCAGAAGAGAAGGGUGCUGAAGCGUUACUAAACCUCAGAGAAAGUUCAGGGCUUUGCAUUUGCAAGGAAUUAUUUGAUUUCAUUCUGAAUUCAGAAGAAGGACUUUCAAAUAACUGUUGCAAAGUUCUAACCAACCUUAGUCAUUACGAGUAUUUAACAGAAAGAGUAAUUGAUGCUUUAGAAUUAUCAAAUAUAAGUUUAGAUAAAACAGCAGCUGUUUUUACUAACAAGAAUUCUGUUGGUGGUAGUGCAGGUCUAGAUUAUUUAGGAUUAUUUUUUUCAAAUCUUUCACAAACACCACGAGGAAGAAAGCUUAUCCUAGAUGAAGAAAAAUGCAUUUUGCAACGGCUUUUACCAUACACUGAGUACACAGAAAGUCUCGUGUGUAGGAAAGGAAUUGUUGGUAUGAUACGAAACUGUUGUUUUGAAACGGACUUUCAUAAAUGGCUUUUGAGUGAGAAUGUGGACAUUUUACCCAGACUUCUGUUACCUUUAGCGGACGGUACAGAAUUUGAUGAAGAGGAUAAUGAUAAAUUACCCAUUGAUUUACAAUAUCUUGCUGAAGAUAAACAAAGGGAUGAAGAUCCUGAAAUAAGGUGCAUGUUACUUGAGUCAUUGACUUUGCUGUGUUCAAAGAGAGAAAAUCGAGAAUACAUUCGAGAUAAAAACACGUAUGUGAUCCUUCGAGAACUUCAUAAAUGGGAACAGAAUAAAAAGGCUCUUGUUGUAUGCGAAAAUCUGGUGAAUAUUUUGAUAAGAACAGAGGAUGAAAUUGGCGAAGAUGAUUUACAGCAAUUAGAGGUACCUGAAGAUUUGCAGGAAAAAUUUAACAAAUUCGAUUUAGAAAUACUAGAAGAAAACGAUUAAUUUAUUUCCUUUUAUAAUAAAUUUUUAAAUUCCUUUAUAAACCGUUGGUUCAUUGUAACAUUUAUCUGUGGUAAUUAAUACAACUUUUAAGUAAA